GGCGACGGGAGCCGCCCGGGCCCAAGCGGCCUUCCGCUCCGUGCGCCAUGGGGUCGCGGGAGCCCUGCCGGCGGCUGGAGGCGGUGCUCGACGCCCUCUACGAUCUGGGUGACGAGCCCGGCGUCCAGGGCGCGGCGGGGGACGGCGAGGCGGAGGAGUGGGAGGAGGAGGAGGAGAAGAGCCGGGAAGAGCAGCCAACAGCCCCAAGCGAUGCCGGCGGGGCGGAGGGCGGGCGGCGCGGCGCCCGUGACUUCUUCGGGGGGCUGCGGGAGGAGAUGAGCCGCACCGCCCCGCCGCCGCUCCCCUCCUCCGCGCCGCCCCCCGCCCAGGUGGAGGUGGUGGUGUUCCGUGCGAGGAAGAGGAAGGCGCGGCCCGGCCCCGCUCCGGCGGCGCCCGGCGGCGGCACCCAGACCAGAACAGUGACUGAAAAGAAAAAUGUGAACAAGCAAGAAUUUAACUUUGAAAAAGCUCGUUUGGAAGUGCACAGGUUUGGAAUCACUGGCUAUGAGAAGCAGGAGCAGCGUAUAUGGGAACGGGAACGUGCAAUCAUGCUGGGAGCCAAGCCUCCCAGAAAGGAACACAUCAACUACAAGAAAUACCAGGAGAAAAUGAAGGUGAACAAAACAACGAAGGAUGAUGAUAAGGGACAGGUACAUAAAGGUGAUUCUCUGAAGAAGAAAAAGAAAGACUUGAAGGAGAGGAAGGCCAAAAGGAAGAGAUCGGUGCCAAGCAUUUGGCCUGCAGGACAAGUUGGAAAAUUCCGAGAUGGGACCUUGAUUCUACAAAGUGGUGACAUAAAGAAAAUUAAAUCAACUAAAGUUAUCAAAUGAACUUAUGAUGCCAAAUGAAAUGGACAAAAAGUGUUAAGACAGAACUCUUGUUGUCACCAGAAGAGACUUACAUAACCCCUUGCCCUGCCACCAUGUCCUAAUUGGUUUACCUUAUUUUCUGCUGCAGGGUUUUCUAGCUAUUUGUUCUCGGGGGAAUAUGACAAUUUACCAUUUUAUAAAUAAAAGAAAGACUUUUUAAUAAUUAAGAAGGUUACAUGGGCUGCUUUUAUAUGUGCUAAAGAAUUAGCUUAUUGGUGCUAAGUGAAAAAUUAAUCCACCUGCUAGUGAAUUAUAUGUUAAAAUUAAAACGUACAGCUCUUUGCUUUCAUCUGGAAGAAAUAUGGCAAAAGCUGUACCUUAUUUGCUCUGAUCCUGAAGUAGGUGUUCUUAAAGACGUAUCAGGCAUACGUCUGUUUCUGUGUUUAUCUAAGUUGUUAGUGGAGAGUGGAACUACAGAACAGUUUUCACGCCUGGCAAAGCCUUUUAAGGUUUCAGAAUUAUCUUCUCGAGAAUGAAAAAUGAGAUUCUUCUGAAGUUUAGUCCCAGGUAAGAGUUAGAGGCUGAACUCGUAGAUCUACAGAGAACACCAAAUAAGCAGUUUCAGAUGAUUGUUUUGGGGGGUGAUAAUGAUGUAAGAUAGUAUACAAAAACAGGCAAUGUUCAAGACCUGAGCUGAAUGCCAGAUGAGGCACAGACAUCCAAUAGCUACACAUUGUUUAUGGUUAACUUGUUUGUCAUUUAACAAUUAACCUAACUGAUAAAAACAGAGGAAAGAAGUUUAUGCUUUGGUUUUUUAUACUUAAGGUUAUUGAGCAGCUGUGGCAGUGAAGCAGAUAUACAUGAGAAGGAAAAUAGCCCUUAUUGGAGAUGCUUCUUUUAGGUGUACAGGUGAAAUUCAGCUUACCCAUGAGGAUUUGGGAAAUGUGCUUUCCUAGCUGCCUCGUGGGAACCUGAAUAAGCUGAUCUCUGACCUCAGUGAGCAGUGAGGUCUGAGCCAGCAUGCAGCUAGCAAUGAGAACAGCAACACCAGAAGCUUCUCCCUUCCCAGGAUAAUAAAGUAUCCUGAGGUGGGGGAACUACAGCACAAGAUGGGAUAUUUUCUCACAUGAUCUUUCCCCUAUACCUUUCACCUUACUUUCAAGUCUUGGAGAAGCACUGUGCCAAUACAGAGGACUCAAAGGGAGGGAGCCCAGAAGGAAAACAGUCAGGUAAAAAGAGGAAGGGAGUGUUUCUGCAUGCUCUUCCCACAUGGCUCUAGAACUGGAUUGCUAAACGUUGUUAUCACACUUUGUAAUUGCUUAACCGGUAUUGGUUGCAAAUUCACACUGGAAUUAACAAUCCUAUCUAGUUACUGCAUAUGCAAACUUAAGAAAUGUCAAAUCAUGAUUGCAUGUGAGGGUGUAAUCACCAAGCCCGAUUGAGCAGAGAGCAUCAAGACUUGCUGAGGCAAUAGAUGAGCUUCGGAUGUUAUGGAAUAACCCGUAUCUUUUAAUUCCUGCUUGAUCCUUGAGUUUGGUGUUUGUUUAUUUUUAAUGCCCACUUCUACAUGAAGUUCUGUUCAUCUGGCUUUGGGUAUUACCUGCUGUGGGAGUUCGUGUCUUCACUUAGCCUACGUAAUGUAAAGGGUUAUGUUUUCUUCCCACCUCCACAACUGCCAAAAUGCUUUUAGGAGUGAAAUUUGGUCCAAAUGAAGUGUCUGAAUUUUGCAGUCCUGGUGUCAAGUCUUACAAGAACAGAAAAGAGUUAAAGAAGAGUUGAACGAAAUUCAGUUCUUAAAAUAAAAAGAUGAAAUGCUGAGCUGACAGUGAAACAGUGAGCUUGCAAAAAUUAAAAGCUUAUUCAGGAAGUUAUAGUUUCUCACACCUGUAAUGUUGGCAUGUAUGCUCUUCUGUUGCAUGGUGCUAUGUUUCUUUUUAACAUCAAAUCAUUGAGGUGAUUUCAGUUGGCCAUACUACAUCCUCGCCGGAUCACGUUCUCAGUAAAAUAUGAGAGCUUUAGUCUAGUUUUGUAACUUGCUAACAAAAAUUAUAAUGACUGCAAUUUGGCUAACAACUGUUGAGAAACACUUAUGCACUUACUGUUUCUCUGAGCUAGAGUGUGUUAUUAAUUAACAGAGUAUGAAAGCCUGUGUUCAAUCAGCAGUUGUCCUGGAGACAUAUGCUGAUGUGUGAAACCAGUACUGACUGAAUAACUGAUUCAUUAUAGGUGAGGGAGAGCAGGGACCAUUUGUUUUUGCCUCCUAUCUGCAGUCAAGUAGCAGAACGAGGGAGAAAAGGAGAUAUCUUUGCAUGUUUCCUAUCUGCGCUUUCUCAUGCCUCUUACUGUGAUAAGCUUUAUUACCAUUUCCCCAUAUACUGAAGCCACUGUGAUUUUUUUCUCCUCCCAUUAAAAGCCUAUGCAGUGAAGGAGUCAAUGCUAAAUUGUCUCUUGCUUAAAAGCACCCUAUCACCCUGAUGGGUGAUGUUUUCAUGUUCUUGUCUUUGCUUGCUGCCAAUUGUUUGGUUUGGAUGGGCCUGUGUUCUUCCCCUUGCACUGCUCCUCGUGUAUCACUGUGCUUUCUUCUUUAUUAACAGGCAUUCGUUGGGUUGGUUAGCUUAAGUGUGCUUUUUUGGAGCAGUGCUCAGUCCCUCUCAAGACAUCUGCUUGAUGACGGUGUGCAGCAUCAGCAGUAUAUGUAAUUUUAAACUCGUAUGAAGUUGUACCUUUCCUGCCUUGUAUACUUACCUGAUGGCCUUUCCAAUCAGAUCCUUUGGUGCCAGCAUUAUUUUCAAGCUCUGCUUACUCCAGCAUCAGCAACUGGAGACUGGGAAAUUGUCUAGAGCAUCUAGGAUAGGGGAGAGCUCUAAAGAACACGUGAGUCAGAGCUAAUGGAGUGGUGCUGAGAGAGAGGUUUUUGAAUCUGGUGUAUGUGUUAAGGUGAGGCAUGGAUGGUUCCUCUGGGUUACUCUUGGCUAUGGUAACAAAGCAGGGACCAGCAGUUUGGCACGUGUCCUGCACGAGUGCCUCAUCCACACAAGACAGCUUAUCCAGUAAUAACGAAUAGGGUACUGAUGUUGGAUUUGUUGGCAAUGUUUUAAGAAUUUAUUUAGAAAUUGUAAAAUGGCAUAAACUCAUACGUCAGGUUCUUCCAAAAGAGUAAUAAUAAUAAUAAUAAUCAUAACAAUACACAAAGUUUUAGUCGGACCAAAAGACAAAAAAGCAGUUCAAGUUCCAAUUCAAAAAAUACAAACUUUGCUACAGAUACAAAAUUAUAAAAAGUUUAUACUUUCCUCUCGAUCUGGUGACAGACACAUACACAAGAGAUGUAUAUUUCACCAGUUCCAAAUUCAUAUAAGCCGUGGGGGAUGAUGCUGAAGAACAGAACAUUAUGGUUAAGAAGAAAACAGAAACAACUUCUCGUCUUUCACUUAACCAGAAGUGAACACCGUUAUCUUAUUCCUUUGCACGUUUUUUUUUGGUUGCCAACAUUUAAAUUAGUGUUAUUCAUGCUUCAUAUAACAAUCAGAAUUAACAGCAGUUUUACCUCAUGCAUUUAUGUUAAUAUUCAUCACAUAAUAUCUUCUCACCAUGCUACCUAGAAAGGUCAGUGUUUUUAUUGACAACAUUUAAGGGAGGUGGUAUCAGCAAUCAUGAUGAAAGGAUGCAGUCUGGAUCCAUAAAUAGUUGUAUCUACCGAUUUAAGGAAAAAUAGAGAUCUUCCAAUUAGGGAGAGGAAAAAAAGUGAUACUCUGCUUGUAUUUGCUUCCAAUAACAAAUACAACAGAAGGAAGGUUGCUUGACAGUAGGGGAAAAUGGUGCUGAGUACCAAUUGCAGUCAAUGCACAUCUGUCUCCUGUAUAGUGCAAAGCUGCAGAAGCCCCACACAUUGAAGCUUGUGUGGCUUGCAUAUGGGCUUCUGCACAUAAGAAGACUGAGUGCAUCUUCUCCACGAUGGGUUUGUGCUUCAAGCUGCCACUCCAGCCACCUUGGCGGCGUUCAGUAGUACCAGAUAAUCACCAGAAAUGUUGUCAGUAAAAACUACAAGCAGCUCGCUUCAAAGAAAAAAAAAAAUCAAAACCAACCCAAAAAUGAAAAGUAACUAAGAUGAUUUUCCAUCUUUGUUUGGUAACUGUUGGUGAUGAGCGCCAUUUGCAUUUGUGAUGUAUUUGAUUUGUUGCAAUAACCUGUUGGUGGGCUUGUAACUAAUCUCCCUUGCAAAGCUGAGCUAGCCAAGAUACUUGGGUUUUCAUAUUAUUUUGCCUGGUUCAAAGGUUAAUUGUUUCCUAUGCUAUUUAAGCAGAAUGCUACAAAGCUGGUAAAGCCUGAGAUUAGGUUUAACAACUCUAUUUCCUUGUCAUUCCCUUUGUGAACAAAAGAUGUACUUGACAGCUGCAGAAAGCUGCUGUUAGCAGGUUGCUGUGCUCUUCGUCCCUUCUAACAGGGACAGGUUGUCUUAUUUAUGGUCCAGAAUGCACCACCUCAUUGGCAAUCGCAGACAGUGGUUUUUCAUGUGGUGGCAGUGGCAGCUUAGCCUUGACCUUCUCAUUCGUACCUCUUUUCUAAAUAUUAUCAUGUAAGAAAGGAGAAAAAAAACUGCAUAUCACAUUUCUUUUUGCUCUAGAACAACUAGGAAAGUAGAGGGCUGGGUGCUCUCUGCCAUCUUUACUAAUUACACUUGGAAGAAAAGAAAAAGUAGAAAACAGACUUUUACAGCACUACGACAGAACUCUACCACCAGCCAAGAACAAACUACGGCAAUACACUGUAAUGGCUUUAUUUACAACACGAUGGAACAUUAUGCAUAUAAUAAACCACGUUUGAUACUUUUCCUCUUAAA